AACAGGUUGGUUACGGGAACGCCGCCGGGUUCGUGGUCUUCCUGACGAGCUUCCUGGGCGUCAUGGUAAUGUCCAGAUGGGUGAGUGACGUCACCCUCAUCAUCAUCGGCAUGGUGUCCUUCGCUGCCGGGAUCUACUUCAUGGCCUUCGUCACGGCAACAUACAUGUUCUAUCUGGCUCGAGCCCUGACCCUGUUCGCCCUGAUUCCCAUGCCAACCAUCCGAGCUCUGCUGUCUAAACAGGUCAACGGCUCAUCGUACGGGAUCACCCUCAUCUCACUGCAGCUGUCCUUUAAGAUCGCCAGCCUGGCCUACACUCCCAUCUACACCAAGGUGUACCAGGCUACACUGGACUGGUUCCCCGGGUUCGUCUUCACCCUGUCCAGCAUCAUCACCGUCCUGGCCACCAUACCUGUCAGGUACGUUAUGACAUCAUCAGUCCUAGCCACCAUACCUGUCAGGUACGUUAUGACAUCAUCAGUCCUGGCCACCAUACCUGUCAGGUACGAUAUGACAUCAUCAGUCCUAGCCACCAUACCUGUCAGGUACGUUAUGACAUCAUCAGUCCUGGCCACCAUACCUGUCAGGUACGUUAUGACAUCAUCAGUCCUGGCCACCAUACCUGUCAGGUACGUUAUGACAUCAUCAGUCCUGGCCACCAUACCUGUCAGGUACGAUAUGACAUCAUCAGUCCUAGCCACCAUACCUGUCAGGUACGUUAUGACAUCAUCAGUCCUGGCCACCAUACCUGUCAGGUACGAUAUGACAUCAUCAGUCCUGGCCACCAUACCUGUCAGGUACGUUAUGACAUCAUCAGUCCUGGCCACCAUACCUGUCAGGUACGAUAUGACAUCAUCAGUCCUGGCCACCAUACCUGUCAGGUACGUUAUGACAUCAUCAGUCCUGGCCACCAUACCUGUCAGGUACGAUAUGACAUCAUCAGUCCUAGCCACCAUACCUGUCAGGUACGUUAUGACAUCAUCAGUCCUAGCCACCAUACCUGUCAGGUAUGAUAUGACAUCAUCAGUCCUGGCCACCAUACCUGUCAGGUACGAUAUGACAUCAUCAGUCCUAGCCACCAUACCUGUCAGGUACGUUAUGACAUCAUCAGUCCUGGCCACCAUACCUGUCAGGUACGAUAUGACAUCAUCAGUCCUAGCCACCAUACCUGUCAGGUACGUUAUGACAUCAUCAGUCCUGGCCACCAUACCUGUCAGGUACGUUAUGACAUCAUCAGUCCUGGCCACCAUACCUGUCAGCAUGGUGGGCUGCAGAUCUGGCCGGGCUGACAGUUACGAGAGGAUCCUGGAGAACUGACGGUUACGAGAGGAUCCUGGGGAACUGACGGUUACGAGAGGAUCCUGGAGAACUGACGGUUACGAGAGGAUCCUGGGGAACUGACGGUUACGAGAGGAUCCUGGGGAACUGACGGUUACGAGAGGAUCCUGGGGAACUGACGGUUACGAGAGGAUCCUGGGGAACUGACGGUUACGAGAGGAUCCUGGGGAACUGACGGUUACGAGAGGAUCCUGGGGAACUGACGAGAGGAUCCUGGGGAACUGACGGUUACGAGAGGAUCCUGGGGAACUGACGGUUACGAGAGGAUCCUGGGGAACUGACGGUUACGAGAGGAUCCUGGGGAACUGACGGUUACGAGAGGAUCCUGGGGAACUGACGGUUACGAGAGGAUCCUGGGGAACUGACGGUUACGAGAGGAUCCUGGGGAACUGACGGCGGCGACGAUGUGAUUGUGACGGCUUUGAGAUUGAGCCACGUUAAUGUCCUUGGUACCGCCAUCACAGGCCCUUCCUCGUCGUCUCUGUGACACUGGAGCCGGCGUCAGCAGCACUUACCAUGAAUGCAAUCGCUGCAAAAACGCAUUGUUGGUAGUUACACAACGCGUCUUUCGGAAUGAAUCCCAGGCCUGAGCACAAUCAACAUGUCCAACAGGGCUGAUACAGGGCUGAUACAGGGCUGAUACAGGGCUGAUACAGGGCUGAUACAGGGCUGAUACAGGGCUGAUACAGGGCUGAUACAGGGCACUAUUGAAAACACUGACAUUCUCUAGAGCCCUCACAUUCUGGACCUCCAAGCCAGUUCGAUGUUCCCGUCACUGUGAAAGAACUGCGGUGAAACAGAGCUGAAUUAACUUGAAAUACUUUACUGUCACUUUUUAAUGCAUUAUUUUUUUUUGCAUUUGAACUAUUGUGUUCUUUAUUGUGGAUCAAAAGCAUUUGAGUGAACAGAUUAAAUACUUGUCUUUA